UGUGUAACUUUCUCUGUUUGGCAAACUGGUUUAAGCUGUGCCCCUCCUGGGGAGAUAGUCUGGAAGGGAUGUGUUCGUAUCUGCAAACCCUUCUGACGUGCAGAAAAGUCUGUAAAUUCACAAGAGAAAGAGGUCAUGUCAGCAGAAGUUGUUUGCACUACAGUUUCACCAAGACUUUCUUUGUCACCUGUAUUUCUUUCUUGUAUUACAAAGACGCUUUGGAGAGCUGAUAGGCAGGCAGCCUGAAGUCUUGCCUUCUUUUCUCUGAGUUCAGCCCCAGGUACCGGAGUAUCGGCAGCGCUGGCUGGGCAGCCCGGUGUAGUGAGAUCCUACCAAGGCUUGGGGGCCUGGAGCUCGGAGCAGCAGCCUGCCAGCCUGCUGUCGCCUGUGCUCGGCCCGUCUCCUGGCUUUUUAUUUCUCCUCCUUCAUUCAGCCCGUAGCAGGAGCCUAACGCUGAACUUGAAUGUUUGUCCUUUGACAAUGGCACAGAGGUCCCUCUUCACCACCUUCUGAGAUGGUGACAAAUUUCCUUUAUUUAUUCUAUAGUGUCAGUAACCUUUACGCUAUUUAUAGGCUGUGAUCGUGCCCCUCCCGAGAUGUUUGCAAGAUAAAUUUAGCUCCCUUAGCUUCUCAUUGCCGUAUAUCUUCACGUCCAAUCCUCGCUGGCUUUCGCUGCCUUUCCUUGUAGCAAGUGAGCCGCUGGCCAUGUGCGUGAGCUGCAGUAAGCAGUGACUCACCUUCUAAGCUUGUCCGGGGCAGACUUCAUCUCAAAUGAAUCCUGAUGGUUCAGAGACUGGGGAGCCUGGCCAAACGUCUGCUUCCUAAAGGCAGUCUGCAUGGGAGUGGUGGGGGAUUAGACAAAGUCCAGAGAAAGCCUGCAGAGACUCGAGCGCGCGCUGCAGGACGCUUGUAUCCGCGCCUGCUGGUGGAGCAGGUUCCGGCACCUUCCCAGCCUCGAUGGACUGCAAAGAGAGUGAGGACCCGUAUGAGCACAGAAAAUGCACCCCAUGUAGAAACUGCAUGCCUGGGCAGGAGCUUUCCAAGGAAUGUGGUGAUGGUACAGGGGGGGAUGCACAGUGCGUUCCUUGCCCACCCAGGAAGUUUAAGGAUAGCUGGGGCCAUCACAGCUGCAAGCCCUGCCUGUCUUGCGCCCUCAUCAACCGCAUCCAGAAGUCCAACUGCACAGCAACGACCAACGCGGUCUGUGGGGAGUGCCUGCCGGGGUUUUACCGCAAGGCACGGAUCAGCGGGCAGCUGGGCUGGGAGUGUAUCCCGUGCACCAAGCAGACGCCCUCCUCUGAGCCCCAGUGUCGAUCCAGAACAAACCUGGUGAAAGUAGCAGUCCCCACGGUACCUCCACAGGACACAGCCCUUCUCGCACUGACCAGCAGUGCCCUAGUCAUCAUUGUGCUGGUGCUUCUGGCCCUCUCCAUCAUCUACUGCAAGCGGUUCUGGAAGAGCCAGUGCCAGCGAGUCUUCCUGAGGACUCAGAAUUUCUCAGGCCAGCGAGCAAUGUUCCCCACGUCGGCUGCACCUGGCAGGUUUCUGUGUGAAGAGCAGAUGUCUGGUCCCUGCUGCCUGGGCGUGAAGAACCUGAGCCCCUGCUACAGGCAGGCGGAAGGCCCAGUGGAAGCGGUUCAGUUCAUUUCAGAGGGAGAAGCCAUCAGCCUCCAGCUGCCGCCCACACAGCCGGAGCUGGAGUUGCCGUCGGCUGUGGCAGUCAGCCCUGCCUCCAAAGGCCAGCUGGUGAGGAGUGUCCUGGAGAGCCAGCCCCUGGUCAGGAGCUCGGGCUGCAGUGACCGUCUGGCCACCGCCCUGGCCCCCUCCGACCUCAGGCCAGGCCAGCGGGGAGUGGCGGAGGCGCUGGCCCCCCUCUCCUCCUGCGCCUCCGAGAUGCAGCACAAGUGGCCCCAUGCCCCAGUGGAGUGCACCGAGCUCGACCUGCAGAAGUUCUCCUCCCAGGUGGAGUUUGUGGGCAGCGAGAGGUCGGAGGAGGUGGGGAGCCAGGCAAUGCGAGGAGCCCCCAGGGAGGGGGGCAGUGCGGCGCUGGAGGCUGGGAGCAGCCUUGUGGUGGACCCAGAGAGGGGCCUGUCCCCUACCUUCCAAAACCCCACUGCUGAGAGCGGGGAGCGGCCGGUGAAUGAUGCCCAGAACCUUGUGACUCAGAUCAAUAACACAAUGAAGGGUCUCCCUGUUGCAGAGCUGCCCCAUUCCUUGGUGCAGUCACUUGCCUUCUUGUUAGACCCAUCCUUGAACGGUGUGAAGAACUUCAGCCAUGUGGCACUGGAGCUGGGGGUCACACCUCAGUUGUUGGGACGGAUAUCUGGAUUUGAGCAGCUCGUUGCUCACCUCACCUACUCAGGAGACUCAGUCACAGUCCCUCAUCUGGCCCAGGCUCUGCAGCGACUGCAGCGGUUUGACGCCUUGCUCCUGCUGUGUGACCACUUUGCUCUCAGCCAGAUUCAGGGCCACCAGUGCUAGGAUAAGACGGAAGGGACGGAGGAAACUUCAAGCAUUGUGUGUACUGGUACGGGAGAGGAUCUAGUAGCCCUGUGGUCACACAGUCUCUCUAACAUGCAUGUGGGGAGUAUGUGGAGAGGGUCUUUGCAUUGUGGAAUUAGAAGCACAUGAGGAGUCUCCCUCCUUGGAGAAGAGCGGAGGAGCUGGGGAGGUGACAGUAGUACUGUGUAUCCUCACAGCUGUCACUCCUGCCCCUUUGGGGCAGGUUGUGCUCAACACCUCUGAGUUCAUUUUUCUUCAUCUGUACUUAAACCCACAUCCGGCAGCAGAGCGGUGUCACAAUCGCUGUGCUGCCCGUCAGUGUGUAAUAAGCCCUGUCCUUUGCAAGUUGCUGGCAUCGGGAUGAAUUCUGUGAGGUCCCUGGCCACACGCUGUGCAGGGGCUUGGGCUUGGUUGUGUGCCACUCUCUUACAGGGCCAACAAUCACUUCUCUCCCAUUCCAGCUUUUCAGAACGUUUUCCUUUGGCCAAUACUGUGGUUUUUUUUUUUCUGGGUUUCUGUUGCCACUUUGAGUUGAAAUUUUGUUUGCUCCUCCGUGUGUACUGGAGGCACUCCUCCUGAAGGAGGACCUGUGUGACCAUUGCUGCUGUGGCAGGGAGAGCUGAGCAGUCAGUCUCUGUGUCAGUGCAGCAUGUGGCAUGUUUAAAUUCAUUUCCUUUACUUGAAAUGGUAUAGUUUUCUUAAAGAAGUUCCAAGUUGAUCACCAGGGUACUUUGAUGUGCAGUUGUGUUAGGUGCAGUGCUGUGCUGCUCCCUGUUCAGGGCAGUUUUUGCUCCCUGGUCUGCUGGUGACUGCCUCUACUCAGCUGUGUUGGUACAUCCACUGACAGCCUCCUCGGUGUGGGUCAGGCAUUGCAGGCUGAUGUGGGGUGCAGCACAGGGUGCCAGAGGCAGGGACCCUCCUUUGCCUUCUGCACGGAACAGCUGGUGCCCUGCCAGUGCCAGGCAUAUAGGGGUCAGCUAUAGACUGAAGACUGCGACUGUGCUGCAGUGAGUGUUGAAGUCCCUGUGGCAGAGCAGGCUUGCUUUAGAAUAUUCUUUUUUUUUUUUUCUGCCUAAAAACAAGCUAAUUUUCUCAUUUUUGGGAGUAGCUUUUAUGCAGGGAACACCCUUCUGCAUUUAAUUUGUUCCUGGAGGAUUUGUCAGAGCUUGCAGCAGUUUUGCCUGUGUGAGGCUCCCCUCAGUUUUCGUUGUGGAGCUUCAGGGCAGCUUGCAGGUCUGGUGGCUGCCGUGCUGUUGCUCUCAUCCGUCUGCCACCAGCUUCAGGGUCUCCCCGUGUCACACAGGGUUUGGCCAGGCGGUCUGACAAGUGGGGCUUGCAGGUCCAUGGUGGAGUGGCUCGUGAGGCUGGAGAAGACCUGCGGUGGGAAGCUGUGCCCUGCCUGCCAGCAGCAGUGUCUCUGCAAGCCUCCCGCUCCAGGAUUUUUGUCGGGGGCGAAUCCUUGCGCAGCAGGCGAGGCGCAGGGAGCGGCCCUGCGGGGGCGGAUGGGAAUGUGGGGCCGCCGUCAGCUGGGGAAGCUGCCCCGGCCGCCCGGCACGCGCCUGGCCCUGCUGCGCCGCCGCCUCCCGCGCCCGGGACGGGGAUGCCUGUCCCACUGAGGUCAUGGCGUGGAGCAGCUGAGCGGUCUUUGCCCUGUGCCUGGCUCCAGUGGGUGUUCGCUGCCUCUGCAGCUGGGGCAGGGGGCCUGGUGCGAGCUGGUUGCUUGCCAAGGAAGGCAGGAGGUGUCAGCCCCCAGCUUUGUCCCUGCCUGUUGCACCAGGACUACCAAAGCCUUUUACACCCUCCUCUGAGGAACUCAGAUGAGCACUGGAAUGGACCCACAGUGCUUACUCAACCAGGACAGUGCCUGAUCCCCCUGAAGAUCAGAGUCAAAAAUUCCUUUAGGUCAGCAGGGGCAGGUUUUUGCCUCUGCUGCCAUGUGUCAGGGAGAACAAGCCUGUCUUGUUUCUUCUGCUCUUUCUACGCCGUUUUGUGCCCGCUGAGUUAAUUUCACUGCCCAACUUUUUCUGCCCUGUCCUUGUGGUCUGUUGGACACCUCAUGCCAUUUCCACCCUUCCCUGGUGCUGCUGUCCCCUCGCAGCCUCCACUCCCAGCCCCUGUACGCGGUGUGGCUCCUGCAGGGCUCAGUGCCUUGGGUGGCUGCGGGCCUUGAGUGCCUGUGUCCCAGGACCUUCAGGAGGUUUGAGCCACGGUGCUCGCUGUGUGUGUGUCCCUACUAAAGGCUGCAGCUGACGGCUGGCUCUGAGCACUUCUUCCUCCUGCGCUGGGGCUGGCCGCGCUGUCCUUGACCCUGGCAGCAGGGUGGCUGCCAGCAAGCGGCACUGUUACCCUGCCCGCCACCGCCAGGGCAUCCCCAGGCUUUGCCUUUUAUCUGACCACAGUACUUGGAAAAAGCAACCGACCUUCUGGGAACACAGCCCUUUGCUCAGAUCUGCCCAAACACCAGUAUUAAUAGCUGCUCUGUUUUUUUUUUCCCCUUUUCUCCUGUUAAAUGCUGUUAAGACUUGAACACACUCAGGAUGUGGUCAGAUAACAGGAGGCAUGGACAGCUUCAACUGGAUGUGACACUUUAUCUCCUCCACUGUUUAUUUCUUUCGGAGUCAUGGUCGUUUUAUUGCUCUUUGCUUUGUGAGAACCAGAAAUGUUAGACCUUGUACCCAUGUACCCAUUUUUGGCAGGGGUGAUGUACUUGGUCUGUUAUGAAGCAGUCAGAAGAAGUAUUUCUAGUGUAAAUGCAGACUGGGGAUAAGGUUUUUCCAUCUGAGGUUUAUCUGUGGCAGGGAGAGUGUGUUCGGAUUAAUCAUGUAACAGAAUCUAAUAUUUAAUCUCUUUAUGGACACACUUUCAACGGGAAUGAAGAUUAAUUCACCUACAGAUGUGUAAGUAAAAACAUCCAUGCAGCUUAACUAAUCAGGUAUGGCUUUGAACUUGAAGCAGGUGUAGGUGGAUUGUCCUGUGUCCCUGUGUGUGUGUCCCUGCCCGUCCAGUGGGGUGCAGGAUGGCGGAGCGGGCUCCUCCUGUCCGGUGCAACGCCAUGGGAUUGGGAGCAAACAGUGGCUAGCAACAGCCUGGUAAACUAGAAAUGGCGUGAAUAAAAAGGAUGUCAUCACUUGUGUGCUGCAGAGCCUUGUUGGGGGCCGGUGGUCUCCGUCCCUUCUGCUCUUGCUGGGUGUUCCUGUUGAUGUAGGUGGGGUCUGCAUUUGUUGUUGGUUUUUUUGUUGUUGUUGUUCUUUUAAGGAAUCAACCCCAUUCCCCUAACAGUUUUUAAGGGAAACUUAUAUUUUAGCCAUUUGAGCAAUGUUGUUCACAUUCAAAACCUACCUCGCCGUGGUGCUGAGGAGGCGGCACUUGGGGCUGCUACGCCAGCCCUGCCUGGCGCAGUGGGAGCGCUGCGGUGGCCGCCUCUGCAGCAGGUCUGUGGGUAGCUGUGUUUUAACUGUUUUAACUGUUCUUGAGAAGUCUCAAGCCUGCCCGGAGCCUUUUACACAGUCUCAGUGUGAGCUUCUGUGGAUGGUGCUUCAUGGGUGCUCAGUCCCACACUGUAGUAUUGUGGAGUGAGCUUUUUAAUGGCAAUGGGCACCGCAGCUCAUGUCCCAGGGCUGCUCCCACCUGUGCUGAUGUCCGUGGCCAGCAGCUGCCAUCCAGCUGUGCUGUCAGCAGUCUCAGAAUCAGCUGUGUUUACAUGGCCUUUAAUUUAGCCCAGCUCAAGGCCCUUUGGGCUGAUCUUUCACAAAUCUAGCUGAAGUCCUCGGAAGAAGGGCGACCACAAGAGUCUGAAAGACAGGCUCUGGUGCUGCAAUUUGGACACUGGCAAACGGUGGCCAUCACUGGGCAGCUGGGCAAGCUUCAGUUUCUUUAGCUGGGAACCAAUAGACUUGGUACUUGACUUUUCUGCUUUUUCUUAAUGGUAUUUUCAGCACAAUAAAUGGAAUGUAAGGGAAGGAAAUUCUCAGCGAAUUUCAGCUUCAGGAAGCUACCAAAGCCAAGCUGGCAUAGUUCAAAAAGAGCUAAAAGAAAUAAAAUAAUCCAGUAUCUAUGCAAACUUUAGCUGUGACUGAACAAUGGAAAUACUCUUGGGUGGUGAGAUAUUUUUUUUUUUUUAUUUUUUACAAGCAAUUGUUUUGACACCAGUCCUGUCUGGAAGUCUGAUUUACAGAAGAAUUUGUGGUGGGUUUCAGUCCAGCCCUGUUCUGAAAGCUCCUAAGCGUACACUUAAAAAUAGGCAUGUAUUUAAAUCUUAUUAAAAUAAAGAAGCAAUUAGUACAUCCUUGGGUGCUAUUCUUGAACAGGGUGCUUAUAAGAAUUCACUACACUCUCACAUGAGUGGGCAAUACUGAAGAAAACUUUUUACAAUAUGGGCACGCUCUGAAAAGUCUGCAAGUGCUAGGGGGAGAUGCCCUAUGUGGUUUAGAUUACUUAACAAUGCGAAUUCUGGUGCUUUUCUAAAACUAAAUAAAUAAUUUUCUGUAGUCAUAGUUUACCGCUGGGAAUACAUGAUAAUUUUUACGGUGGAUGUUCUGUUUUCUUUAAGGUUAUGAAUAGGUUAUUUAUAUUUUUGUAAAUCCUGUGUCAUUAGCAUUGUAAUUCUGGAGUUUAUUUGUUUCCAUUUUUUUUUGGCGUGAAGUUUGUAUUCAAAUAAAACAGUGGCUGAAACUCCUAAGUUUUGUUAAACAAGGGGUGUCGGAGUUCCCCACAUUCCACCCAGACAUAGUGCUGUUGAAUGCUGUGUGCUUGUAGUUAAAUAAAUUCCAGAGUUGGAGGUGA